UUUACUUCUACAUAAGAGAUCUAUUAACCUAGUGAGAAAUCAUAUUUUGAUAAGACAGACAAAAUGAGUCUGCAGGAAUGCCCACCAUCUCAUGUGUGCAAUGUCCAGCUAAAUGUGGAUCCGUCGGAACGGCCAAAGGUGGAAGCGGGUUGUGGACCGGCAUAUGAUGGACGCAGUACUGAAUCCGAGCCUCAUGAUACUGAGGAAUGUUGCGUGGAAUUGGAGAAUGUGACGGUCAAGUUUCACAUUUCCGAGUCACAGAUUGUUGCCCAGGUUUAUCCCAAUUGUAUGACCAUGUCGGAGGUUAAGCAAGACAUGGCUCGCAAAUUUGAAGUGUCACCCGAAUCAUUAGUGCUUAAGCAAUCUGGACGCAUUCUAUGCGAUUCUCUGGCCAUAAACUCAACUAAAUUUGAUAGUUUCGGUAUACACGAAUUCAAUUUGGAGAUGCGUGGAGAAGGGGAUACAAAAGCUGGCGAGGACAGUGCAAUUUCGAUUCCCAAAUUGGAUCUAAAUGUGUAUUACGACAAACAUCGUUUGCCGGAUUUCAUUACCGUGCAUAUACCUGGAGAAGACACCGAGGAUGGCCAGGCUAGGCAUGUGCUGGUUGAGAUUGAAAAUGCUGCCAUUGUGAAGCCUUUUCUUUGUGGUUACCGGGACAAGGUCAGCGGUAAGGAGUAUCUAGAUGCAUUCACCCAAACUGGACCAUAUUUUGAUAAACUGAAGUACAGACGCUAUAGAUCUCGAGAUACCCAAACCUGGGAGCACAAAGAAAAGACUUUGAAUACGGCACAUGAGCAAUCUGUGCAAUGUUUUCUCGAUGGUGUCAAUGUUCUAUAUGUAUCCGCUGCCACAGACUUUACCAUUGUCCCAGGCAAAUAUCAAAGUUUUGCCCAAAAGGAACGCGCCGAACGCAAACUUCAAAAGAUUCUGCUCAUACAGCGAAAUUGGCGUCGCUGGAUAUUGUGGAAAUAUAUACACCUACGUGCCCAGGAAUAUCGUCGCUUGGUAAGCAAUCGGGAGGACGAACAAAAACGCUAUGAACAGUGUGUGGAACAGCGUGUUGAGCGCCAUCAGGCCAUAAAGCAAUUCCCUCGCACCAAGGACGACUUUGAUCUCCUUUAUGCAGAAGUUGGUCGUUGGAAGCGGGCAGAACUAAAACGCAUAGUGUCCCAAUAUGAUGGACCAGCUCGCAUUGCGGAGGUGAACAUUCUGCUGGAUAAGGAAAUUCAAAUGCUCAAUGGUGUAGAUCGUCAGCGUCGAUUGGUCUAUCUGGCCAUGGAGGAUUUCCGCAAAGAUCAAUUGCUGAAGCAAAUGGGCAAACCCAUUGAAUGGAUAGGCUAUAAAGAUUGCAAGAUACAUUUAGAUUUGCUAAGCACACAGCGUGUGCGGUUUCUCACAGAAGUCUACAAAGAUUUGAGAAAACCAUUAAAGAAAGACGAACGAUUGCAGCUUCUACGACGCGUCAUGGAGCUGCUAAUGGAGGAAACAUGUUUUCCCAAAUUUCCCGAGCUGUUUGAUUUGUUCGAUCGCGAGAAGAAUUUACUUCUCUAUGCAAAGUCAAGUGAUGUUGAAAUAUUGCGCAAACGUCAAAAUAUUCUCUUCUUUGAAUUGAUAAAGUUUCAGAAGCGCGAACGAACUAAAAAGGUUCCUUCGCGCAUGUGCAUUGUGUGUAAGAAGGUAAAAUCUUAUAGCGAUUUUGCUAUACGCACUCGGCAGAGUCAUGUGGACACUUGCAAGAGUUGCUACUACCUUAAGUUGACUGCCACGGAGAAUACGGUGUAUCAGGCGAUUCUACGUUGCAUUCAGCGUGAUGAGCGUAAACGAAAGUGCGCCACAUCCUUUGCCUUUGUGCUUCAGCCGGACGAUGUGCGACAUAUCAUUGAUAAGAUCUGGCAUGGCCAUUCGGCAGUCAGUAAAUCAGAGAAUCUCAGUGAGUUAAGAUUACCUCGUUGGAUUAAAAGCGAUGAUUGGGCCCCCUGGAAUUGCAUUUGUCUUACCGAACGAGAGACUCGCGAUCAUUACAAGAUCGACGACAUCGAAAAGAUAUAUGAUCCCAAGUUUAUUCUCCAUAUAAGUAAUUGCCAUAUGCUGGCCCGCAGUUUAUUCCAUACACUGGCUGCCGUGGCCACUGAAUUCCAGGAAACUGGCCAAUGGUGGAGAGUGGGCAUGAAUAAACAGCGUUCGAGUAACUUGGAUGAGGAAUAAAUAUUAACAGAAUUUUACCAUAAAAUAUAUAAAUUUUAUGUUCUAAUAUCAAAGAUAAACGACACUUUAAUUAGUGAUCAUUUGCUA